AAGCUGCCCAGUCUCUGGCGAGAAGCUUCAGAGGAAGAUCAUCUACAAGGAAAGAUGAAGCCUAAAUCUUUUCUUGAUGUGCAACUGCCACAGAUCGGCCUGUUCGUCGGCCUAGAGACAUUAAAUGAAGGCUGGAGUGGCAGCAGUGGAGGAUACCAGCGGCAGAUCGACACAGGAGCUCCAGCACAGACUGCAGACAACGAGGACUUGGUUGAAAGGAAGCAGACAAGGGAAGUGCACUUCGCCUUCUUACCAAAGAACUAUGUGCCUUUGGAAGAGAACGACAGCAUACAGAGAGCAAAGGAGGAGAAGAAAGCAAAGAGGAAAGAGAAGUACAAGAAAUACAAAAAGAAUGUGGGGAAAGCUCUGCGCUACAGCUGGAAGUGUCUAAUGUUCGGACUUCAGAACUUCACUGUGGGUUACUCCACCCCGCUCGGUGCGGCCGCCACGAUCGUCCCAGAGUUCAGAGCAGGACGCGCCAAGAGCUGAGAAGAUCAGAGCUCAUUCCUUUACAAUCACAGCAGGC